CUGCCACCGCCAGCGUCACCCCGGCCACCCGCGUGCGGCAGCGAGCGAGGGGCCUCCCGCCGCCCCGGCGCCACCACCGGCCGCAGGACACCAGCGAGCGGCACGGCCACCGCCACCAUGGCGGCGCCAUCGGCGGGGCCCACGGUGUUCGCCGUGUACGACCAGCUGCGGCGGGAGAUCCAGGCGCUGCUGCAGGAGAACGAGGACCUGAAGCGCAUCGUGACGCAGCUGCGGGAGCAGCGCAACCAGCGCCACAACGUGCGCGGCCCCCCCGGCGCCCUGGUCCCCAGCUCCGCGCCGCCCAUCCUGGGGACCCUCCCCGCGCCCGGCCCCGGACAGUUCCCCUUCCCCGGCUCAGGCAGCAGCCUGGACUCGUCGCUGGGGCUGAGCCAGCUGUUCCACAGCCAGCCCUCCGGCCACACCGGCACCGGCAGCCUGGACUCGUCGCUGGGGCUGAGCCACGUGCACCGCGGCUACCCCUGGGAGUCCACCCGGCUCAGCAGCCUGGAGACGUCGCUGGGGCUGAACCGCCUGUUCCAGAGCCAGCCCGGGGACGCCAGCACCAUGGACUCGUCGCUGGGGCUCAGCCGCCUGUUCCAGAGCCACCCCGGGGAUGCCAGCAGCCCGGACUCAUCACUGGGGCUCAGCCGCCUGUUCCAGAGCUACCCCGGGGACACCACGCUGAGCAGCGGCAGCCUGAACAGCUGGGGCGGGCUCAGCGGCUUCGCCAGCUGCCCCAGCUUCGACAGCAGCUUCGGCAGCAGCGACAGCGGCAGCGAAGUCGAGUCCUUCAUCGAGUCCUUCGCGCCCAACAGAAGCCUACCGGUGCCAAAACACUAUUACUACGCCCCCCAGCGGUGGGAAAUGCCCUGUCCUGGUCGCAUCGAAACUGGUCCCAGCAUGCCCGGUCCCAGCGGUCCCGCUCCCAGCGGUGCCGUUGCCAGCGGUCCCAGCGGUGCUGUUGCCAGUGGUCCCGGUCCCAGCGGUGCUGUUGCCAGCGGUCCCAGCGAUGCUGUUGCCAGCGGUUCCGGUCCCAGCGGUGCUGUUGCCAGCGGUCCCGGUCCCAGCGGUCCCAGUCCCGGUGGUGCGGGUUCCAGUGUUCCCGGUCCCAGUGUUCGCGGUUCCAGCGGUUCUGCUCCCAGUGUUCCUGGUCCCAGUGGCCCUGGUCCCAGUGGUGCUGGUCCCACUGGCCCCAGUCCCACUGGUGCCAGUCCCAGCGGUGCUGCUCCCAGUGUUCCUGGUUCCAGUGGCCCCAGUCCCAGCGGCCCCAGUCCCAGUGGUGCCGGUUCCAGUGGCCCCAGUCCCAGUGGUACCAGCCCUAGCGGUGCUGGUCCCAGCAGUGCCGGUCCCAGUGGCCCCAGUCCCAGCGGUGCCAGUUCCAGUGUUCCCAAUCCCAGUGGCCCAAGUCCCAGCGGUGCCGGUUCCAGUGUUCCCAGUCCCAGUGGCCCCAGUUCCACCGGUGCCGGUUCCAGUGUUCCCAGUCCCAGUGGCCCCAGUUCCACUGGUGCCGGUUCCAGUGUUCCUGGUCCCAGUGGCCCCAGUUCCAGUGGCCCCAGUCCUGGUGGCCCCAGCGGUGCCAGUCCCAGCGGUGCCAGACCCAGUGGCCCCAGUCCUGGUGGCCCCAGCCCCAGCGGUGCCGGUCCCAGUGGCCCCAGUCCCAGCGGUGCCAGCCCCAGCGGUGCCGGUCCCGGCAAUGACGCCAUGCAGCAGGUCGUCUCCCUGCCCACAGGCCAGCAGAGGUCUGCUCAUGAUGCCAACCGGACCCUGGCUGGCCUGAGGCCGGUGGCAAGCUCCGACGUGCCGCUGUGCUGUCAGCUGGUGGGGGAGAUGGUCUACCAGCUGGACCGGCGCAUGCUGGCCCACGUCUUCCCCACCCGGCAGCGCUUCUACGGCUUCACCGUCUCCAACAUCCCCGAGAAGAUCAUGGUCACCGUGACCAACCCGCAGGACUACGUCGCCGCCACCAGGCGCUACGCGGAGAUGAUGCCGUGGCUGCGGCGCCGCGGCUACAACCCGCAGAUGCACCCGCUGUUCUGCGAGGCGCUGAUCAACACCUACGGCACGCUGAACGAGGCCACCAGGCCCGCGGUGUUCGGAGCCGUGACCGUGGAGCUGCUGAACCGCGCCAUCGAGGAGGCGGUGCCGCUGCGCGCCCGGCUCGACGCCUCCAUCAUGCUGGACUGCCUGCUGUUCAUGGUCAGGAUGGACGGGGGGCCCAUCUUCAUGUACUGAGCCCCGCGCCGGCACCGGCGAACACCGGCACCGGCAAACACCGGCAUUGGCAAACACCGGCACCGGCAAACAAACACCGGCACCUGCCCCCGCACCGCGGCAGGCGCAGCCCCGCACCGGCAAUAAACCUGUAGCAGCGCCCGCA